AUCUUGUGUCGGGACACAGUGAUGUUACAGUGGGAGGAGACCGGAGCUCCUCACGGAGAGACUGAACUUAAGACGGUGAAUUGAAUCUCAGUUUGUCGGUCACCCUGCUGUGGAAGAGUUUGACUCACACAGAAUCAGUCACAGUUCUGUUUUCAUACCCUGAGGCCAGUUUAACACCAGGAGAUAAAGCAACUGACAAGACGACAAACCUGAAGACAACUGCUCAGAGGUCAGUUCACUCUGCUCGGAGGAUGGACAUAAAACAGUGUUGUGUGAAGCUUUCAGUCCAGCCAUCCAGGGGGCUUGUGGAUGAAGAGUUUACCGUCCUGGUCCAGAACCUCUUUCCUGGUUUCCAGCUGACAGUCCGUGCCCUUCACCAGUGUGAAGACGGACACACCUGGGAUGCAUUCGCUCACUACAUCGCCAACGCUACUGGGGAAGUGAACGUUUCAGAGGAUCUCAGUCUGGGCGGGACAUAUUCUGGGAUUGAACCCAUGGGUCUACUGUGGAGCCUCAGACCAGUUCCUGGCAGCAAACCUUGGCUCAGGCUGAGGAAGAUGAAUGUCCAGACUCCCAUGGAGGUCACUAUCUCAGUGUACGAAGGUCACCAGACUGAAGGCUUCAUGGACCAGGUGCCUCUGGCCAGUGUCGUGGUGGAGCGUUGGUACAUGGCGCCCGGCGUCCGUAGGAUCCCCAUUACAGAGGAUGGACUCACUGCGACCCUCUUCCUGCCCCCAGGACCGGGACCUUUCCCCGGCCUCCUGGACCUCUGGGGGGGUGGAGGUAAUUUGGUGGAGUACCGGGCAGCGCUGCUGGCCUCCCAUGGCAUCGCCUCCCUGGCCCUCGACUACCUGACACCUAAAGUCACCAUAGAAACUGGGAAGAUGGUGGGCAACGAGUACUUUGAGAAGGCCUAUAGAGUCCUGGAGCAGCAUCCUCAGAUCCUCGGCAGCAGGAUCGCCAUGUUGGGCCUUUCCCUCGGCACCAGUAUCACCCUCAAAAUGGCUGUUUACUCCAAAGUUAUUAAGCUCAGGUGUGCAGUAUGUAUCAGUGGGAGUCAUGUGCAACAGGUUGAUGGAUCUCUACGACAAAAUUUGAGUUACUUUGACAAAAACUCUGCAAAGAUUCGCUUUGACAAAGAUAACAACGUGAUCUUGCGGGAUAUGACACUGCCCAUCACCACCAACCCCUCACUCAAAGUGGACGUGGGACGACUUCAGUGUCCUCUGCUGCUGGUUGUAGGUGAGGACGAUCAGGACACGCCGGCCUACGAAGCUGCAAUGGACAUGAGGGAGAUGAUGGAGCAGGCGGGGAAUGGCCACCUGCUGACUGUCCUGUCCUACCCAAAAGCCGGUCACCUAAUUGAACCUCCGUUCACACCGUUCAUCCGAGCCAGCCCCAUCCGAUCACUCGGCACUGGUCAGAAGUUUUUGGUUCUGUGGGGUGGAGAGACGGUGGCACAUUCUCGUGCUCAGGAAGACGCCUGGAGGAAGACGCUGGUCUUUCUGAGGAAGAAUCUGUACGGCUACACAAACCCUGGUGCAGCUAUGCUAUCACGGCUGUAA